AUGAAGACGAGAGACGAUAGGGUUCGACUAAUCCAGUGCCUCCCCGACUCCAACAAGGGGUUGAACAAGGACUUUGUUAUCGUAUCUGGGGAAUGGCAUUAUGGCCUUCUUUGCCCAAUGGUGGAGGGAGAACCAGAUCCAAACGCCUUUCACCAACACUUUUAUCUGGUUAACCGGGUUGAUUUGGAGACUAUUCUUCAAGCGGCAAUUUUUGUAAAUGACGAGGAUGGAUCUCCUGUCCCAGAGGGCAUCCCAUUGGUGGACUCCUCCCCGUCUCAUCAGGCAGCGGAGGACGAAGGUGAGUUGGGUCUGUCCGAGGAGGGAUUUGGGGCAUUUGACCAAGCCGACCCAUCCGAGGAUCCUUCUGGUGAUCUAGGUGACCCUGACUUGUCCGAAGUGGAACUGUUGUCAGUGGGAACAUCCUCCCGUGUCGAGAUGGGUCUUAAGAGAAAGCCCCCGACCAGCUUAUUCGACCUCAUUGAGGGUCAACCGGGGAAGGAUGCACAGGAAAAACCGCAAUCCAGUGUUCCAACUUUCCCGUCUCAGCCCCAGCCCGUCCAAACUAGGUCCUCAUCUACUAAGUCGCAGCCACAAUCUCCCCGCCCCAAACUUCCUACUCCUCCUCAAUCAGUUCUACCUCCUCGGUCGGAGCCCGCUGACUCAAAGAGAAAGAGGAGUCCCAAGGGGAAGGAACCCAUGGAUGGGAGAAAAUCUCAAUCCUCUCAGGAGAAGGACGAAACCCCGCGAGAGGCUAUCCGAGCUAGGGAUAGUACCGCGGCAGGUUUGACUAGUGCCAAAAAACAAGCCGAGGAACAGACAAAGUGCCUACUGGCAGCCGAUGAGCAAUUGCAGAUUGCUAAGGAGCAGAUCGGUGAUUUAAAGAAGAAACUGAUCGAGGCAAACAAUGCUAAGGGGGUGGCGGAAUUUGCCAAGGACGAAACCGUGAGGGCCAAGCAGGAGGUUGAGUUUGCCAGAACUGAGGCCGAAGCUGCUAAGGACAAGGCUGAGGAGAAUAGUUAUGAGGCGAGGGUGGCUGAAAUCCAGGCCUCCCUUAAAGCUCAAAUCCCUGGAGUAUGCAGGCUAUACUGCUCCCAGGUUUGGGAAGAGGCCCUCAAACGAGCUGGGGUGGAAGCUUUAUCCAACUUGUGGAAGGCGGAGAGCGUAUUUUAUCCUCCAUCCAUCCGUGAGACCGUCUCCGCCAACUCCAAGGCUAUGAGCGCUCCACAGGAGGCUAAGGCUGUUCAGUUAGAAACUGCUCAGAUCAUAGUCACUCCUAGCAAGUUGACUGAAGGAGGAAAGCCUCAUGAUGCGACGGAAGCACCUGGAGGUCUGAAUCCCGAGAUGCCUAAAGAGGGUGCUGAGCCUACGGUCAGUGCUCUGAGCCUACGGUCAGUGCUCAGAUCUCUGGUGCCGAGGAGCCAGCCAUCUUCGUUUAGCCCUUAUAGGCCAUUCCCCUUACUGAUGUCCCCAAGAACACCGAAACUGAUCCUGCUCAGUCUUCCCAAGAAGGGGAUGUCUCUUAGGGCCCCGAAGCUAGUCCUGCUUGGCCUUCCCAGGAUGUGGCCAAAAUGA